CUCCGUCGAGUGAAACAAAACAGUAGCGCCGGUAAAUGUAGAAAUAUUCACCGGAGACAAUUAAGCUUGUUUGACUUUUCAUUCCCAUGAGUCAUGACAUAGAAAAAGAAGGGUAAAUUAUGAGUGGGGAAAAAUCGUAGACUAUCGUAGUCACAACCCACUCCGUCCAAUACCCUUCUGACGUCCACUCUUCCGGUCAGAUGUACGGCAACCCUUCACUUUCCCUUUCCCUUUCCCCUCUCCUUCUCUUCUUCUCUUUCCCCGGUGUUUUCUCUCUUCUCCACCGGCGAAAUUCGAGCGCCGACGACUGAGCCGGAUUCCAUGGAGGCCCCCGUCGCGCAGAGCAAGCCGCGGCCCCACGCCGGCGGCCGCGAGGACUGCUGGAGCGAAGGCGCCACCGAGACUCUGAUCGAGGCUUGGGGCGACCGUUAUAUCAAGCUUAACAGGGGUAACCUCCGUCAGAAGGACUGGAAGGAGGUGGCUGACGCCGUUAAUUCUCGCCAGGACGGCGUUAAGCCGCAGCGGACUGAUAUUCAGUGCAAGAACCGCGUCGAUACUUUGAAGAAAAAGUACAAGCUCGAGAAAUCCAAGUCGUCGCCGUCGAUAUGGCCGUUCUACCACCGCCUCGAUUUCCUCGUCGGAACUACCUCCGCUACUCCGCCGCCGCCGCCGAGAAAAUCUACCACCAUCACGCUCACCGUCAAGCCCGGAUCGAGCCCUAACAACGCAAAACCAACCGCCCUAGUUUACUCCGGCGGCUCCUCGAAGCCCAAUUCUAGCGGCUCUAACAACAGCUCCCUCGGCGGCGGCGCAGGCGACGAUGACCUGCUCUUUACCGGCCCAGGAAAGAAGCGUAAACUCGACUAUGUCGAUCUAUCGGAGGAAACUACGGCGUACAAGGAAUUAGCCCGGGCGAUAUUAAGAUUUGGGGAGAUAUACGAGAGGAUUGAGAGCUCCAAACAGCAGCAGAUUAUGGAACUGGAGAAGCAGAGGAUGGAGUUCUCCAAAGACCUUGAGGUUCAGAGGAUGAAUAUGUUCAUGGAAGCUCAGCUGCAGCUCGAAAAAUCCAAACGCACCGCUAAGCAUUCUCCUGCUCCUGUUGCAGGAAACGAAGCUGUAGGCGAGGCGACUUGAGAGAAGGAUUCGCAAUCCGGGGGCAUCUGUGAAGUGUGCCCGCCACUCACUGAAAUGAUUGAUUUCAUAUAGUGGCUUGUAAAUUAUCUUAUUCUUGAAGUCAAUAAAAGAUCUCAAGAACUCCUAGAAUAAUGUCCUUCUAUUCAUUAAUGUUGUCUUGCUUAGUGUAUUUUCUGACAUGUUUCUCCCUAUUUAUCAACUAUAACAUCUUCUUCAAGAAAUUGCUGGUUUGGCUUCUUAUUUGUAAUCAUUCUCAGAACAUAUUUCUGUGUC